AGCCAAUCAGAUUCGAGGACUGGAAGCUGCACUUUUUUCCAGAGGUUUUGUAUUUAGAUAUUUGUAGCUUAAAAGCCUAAAUUUUUGCGCCUUAGCUCGAUGUACGACUGCGAAGAACCGCUGGAGAAGCGCCUGUGAGGUGAGAUGUUGAGUGGAGAGCUCUUUUUCCUCCAUCAGUUGGUGUUGAAGGAGCCGCUUCCUGCUGUCUGUCUGUCAUCGCGAGGAUGAGGAUGCUGCCGUUCAGCAGACGCAGGACUCACGAGCGCGCUGGUGCCAGCCAAACGUCGGAUCACUUCAAUCGAGCGUGACGUUGUGGGAUCCAGCGACUGAUUGUAUGUUGGCCAAGAUAACGAAGGAUUGGAAUUUCGUCCAUCUCGCGAAACCUUUGCCUUUGUAAAUUCUGUGGCAGAUCCGUCUUUAAGUCUCUCUUUGAGAUGUGUAUCGAUCUUUUUUAAAGAUGUCGUCAUCCUACAUGUUCAUGGGUCGGAUUUUUGAAGGGCAGGGAUGUGGAAGUGAAGGAGCACGUUCAUUCUCUUCAUUAUAACGCCUCAUCUGUUGGAUAUAAGCCGCGCUGAUGGAAAAUACGGGAUCACAGGUGGUCUCGCUGGAGCAGCAGGUGGAGAGUGUGGAGAGGAGCAUUGUGUUCCUUAGACAGGAGCAGCUGUCUCUGCUGCAUGGACUACAUCUGGAGAUCCUGUCCCUCCAGAAACGCUGUACAGAUGCAGAGAAGAGCAGGGUUACAUUGCUCACUUUGAUGGCUCAGGCUGCACAGAGAGAACCACGGGUCAAUAGCUUCCUGUCAGUGCAGGAACUUACACAGGAACUCAACAUGAAGCCCCCAGGCAGAAGUGAAGCAGAGGUGAAAGAGGAAGAGGAGCAGCUGGAAGCUCGUUGUGGGGAAGUGGAGGAGCAUCUGCAGGAGCAACAACAGAUCCAGAGUGAUCUGCGAUGGGAGCUGAGUCAGAAGUCGGUCCUGGUGGGUGCUCUCCGUGCUAGUCUGAAAGAAAAGGAGCGCCAUUUCCUGGAGGAAUUAAAACACCGCAGCCACAGAACCACUGCGCUCAACACCGAGCUGCAGAAGCAGACGGAGACGGCUGCGUACCUGUCCUUCCAGCUGCAUUCAGCCAAGCAGAAACUCCAGCAGCAGCGCAGGAGGCCACCCCAGCCCGGUGCAGACAAGCCUCCCGUCCACCCUGUACCUCAGGCCAGUGCCAGCAGCCCGACCACCAUCAAACCCAAACGACGGAGCUCGAGCCGGCCCUCCUCAAAUCUCCGUACCGAACGCGCCAGGGAGUGUGUACCCCGCGAGAGGGUGACAGGCCCUGAAGAGCCGAUGGCCAUGCCUGACCCUGCCCUCUUCCUCUACCCCUACAGACACAGAUCCCGGCUCCGCCCACCACACAGACACGCCCUCCCGGAAGCAGAGGGGGAGGAGUCAGAGGAGCUCGAUCAGGGAGCUUCAGUAAGCAGACUGGCAACAACAGUAGCUAAAGCCACUGCGACCACUGCAUCCACCACAGAGAACAACGCCGAAUGAGUGUUUCUUUUACAGUUCGACCUGCUUGUUUUUAUGAUAUCUAAACCUGAAUUGCACUUUGAGCCCCUUGGGAAAACCUUUGCAUUAUGACAGUGACAAGAAACUUUUAUAUUUGCAAUACGGUUUGCUUUUUUUUACAGUUUGCACAUGCGGUGGUUAUUAGACCAAGGAGAGAUUUUUGCUUACGUUCUUGUUGAACCAAAAUCGACUCGUGUUUAUGUUGCUGUAAGGCAUUUUUAUAAUCAGAAAUUACCCUGAGGACCUCAAUACACAAACAUGAAGUGCUCCAUAAGGCCUGUUUUAUACAUCCUGCAUCUGCAGUGUGUAGUUUUGUGUCAGUCUUGGAGGGGUUGAAUUUAAGUGGACUAAAUGACUGGUGAAAUCCUGCAAUAGAUACCAGAGAAAAACCUGUCAUUUUUACUAGAAGAAAAAUGGCAAAAGGAAAGAAAACUGUGUAUUAUAUGCAUGUCAAACACGUGCGUUUCAUAUGCACGCCCAAGUCAGUUUCUGUGUAUAAAUAGCACGUAAAAUACAAAAACAUUGUGCUAUUGAUACGCUAUUCUUUGCCUUUUCUCUUUAUUCUGCUCUCGCAAUAACAACGGAGCUAUUUUAUUAAUCAGUUUCAAUCAAUAUCACAUUAUCUAUCAAAAUAUUUUGACCAGCUUAUACAAAAAUCUCAAAUUUUUCUUCCUAAAGAGAGAGCUGUAAACAUUUACAUUGACUUAAUCUCACCUUAUGUGACUGACUGGAUAGUGAAGAAAGGAAAUACAAGAAAGGUUAGAUUGCAUUUGGAAUGAUCCUGAUGUUUUAAAUUUAUUAAAUAACAGCUUUUAUUUAGUUUUUUUACUAUCAUGUAAUAAUAAAGUGCUGUUUUGCAUCUUGUGCUAUAUUUAUUAGCUUUAUUGGCAUUGAUGGAUAAAAGAUGCCUAUCAUUGUGUAUGUACAGUAAAUCUGAAUCAGAACAUCUAGAUUUCAAAGGUGGUUUGGUAUUCAUGCAAAUUACCAUUUAGAAUGCAAAUGCAGUCACCUCUUCAUUUAAAGUAAUAUUACCUAAUUGCACACCUCCAAUAACCAUUUUAAACAUUUUAGCCUUUAUUAAAAGGAAAAUGCAAUGUAGUAACCCAGAAAUCACUUUAUUUAGAGCUGAAGCGCUGUCAGUGUGAAAGUGUGACCCUGCUGUUUACUUGCUGCAGACGCAGGAUGUGCAAAAUAGGCUGAACUCAGUGUCCUUGUGAACUUGUUACUGCUGAGUCUUUGUUCAGCAGUUGUUUUUUUUAUCUGUAUGCCCUUGUUGUGGAAUAGCUAAUCUCAGAUAUUUCUGAAUGAUCAGGUUGUCUGUCUGGUGUCACCACAAGUGCACUCUCUCAACCCUCCAGAUGUGAUGGGGAUUAUAUUCAGUCAGACAGAUAAAUCCUGUGUGAAUGAGAUCUAUACAGCCUGAAUCAUUUGCUUAAGUGCUUUAUCUGGUAUAUGGUGUGUUUAUAUGUGGACUUGUUGAUUAGAAGAGAGUGGGCUCAAGGGUCAACACACCAUUGUUCUGCCAUCAUUAAAUGAGCCAGUGAUGCCCAAAGGACUGAUGAGCUUAUGCUGCUCAUGCUGUAAUGUUUUAGUCUGAUGUUGCAAAUAACAUGUUUAUAUUCGUGUCAUUAGAAACUCAAUGCUGUUUGUUUUAUAAUUCUGUGUGGGCAGGUAUAUGUGCAUAUACCAGGAGAUUUCUUGAUUAAUAGCAAUGUGAAACAUAUUACAAACAUAUCAAGUGUUUGUAGAGCAAAAGCUUGUAAAUUCAUAAUAUGCAAGAUUAGAUGUGGUGUGGUAUGAACUAAAGCAUAACUCCUGCUCUUAGAUGUACAACUUAGAGAGGGUCAAUCUAUGGAAAUGGAUUGGAUGAGAGUGACAGGCAACAUUACAUUUCUUGACAACUAAGAGACAAUAAUAAGUUUAAAGGAAGAGUUCUCUCAAAAAUAAAAAAUUGCUGAUAUUGUUCCCACCCUAAGGCCUUUCAAGAUAUAAAUGAAUUUGGUUCUUCAUCAGAACAGAUUUGGAGAACUUCAGCAUUACAUGUCUUUCUCACCAAUGCAGUGAAUGGGUGCCGUCAGAAUAAGAGCAUCAAAAUAAUCCACAAGUAUUCCACACGACUCCAGUCCAUCAAUUCAUGUCAUGUGAAAGCCUUGUCGUUGUCAGAAACAAACCCAUCAUUAACUUUAAACCAUCACUUUUGUCCAAAAUAUGAGUAUAUAAUAACCAUAAUAUUGCUUCAUCCAGUGGAAAAAGUCCACCCCAUUGUCCUCUCACAACAAAAUCCACAAACAAAUUUUUUAGAAAUGUUUGUGUUUGUGCUUGUAAACAGAGGUAGAGCUGUGCAUAUUUCUCUUCGGAUUCAGACAAUACUAGACACUGGAGAAAGCAAUAUCAUGGAUAGAGGAUAUAAAUAAUUUGAAGUUAAAGCAUGCGGAUGGAUUUAUUUCUCUCAGACAUGAUGUACUGGAUUCAUGUGGGUUACUUGUGGAUUAUUGAAAAGUUUUUAUCAGCUGUUCGGACUCUCAUUGUGACGGCACCCAUUCACUGCACAGGAUCCAUUGGUGAGCAAGUGAUGCAUGUUAGAUUUCUCUUAAAUCUUCAUUUUUUGGGUGAACUAUUCUUUUAAUAAUGGGGCCUAAAAGUACACUAUACUAUAGAUGACCAUUGUGUCACAAGCCUGUGACAACAAACCUCGUUUUGCAAAAUAAUGUGACUGUAAAAGAUUUAGUACCAUCUGUUUGAAACUGAGCUUUUCUAAAGAUAUAAUUCUAUAUGUGGUAUUUCUCUUUGCUUUAUUAGAUCAAGUGAUAAUUUUGCUUUGAAUAUUGAAUAUAAGGUUGUUAAAAAUCUAAAUAUGUAAAGCAGCCCUUGUUACUGAAUGCAUAAGAUGUUUUCCUUUCAUUUUAAAAUUGUGUCUAAUUUGACACAGCCCUAACAAAGUGAUAUUUGCUUCACUCAGGGUCGGAAACCUUAUUUUGUAAAUGUAUGCAUAUAUGCCUGACACUAUUUAAAAGGCCUAUAACCAGUUUUUGUAUUGUAUCAGUGCAGAGAUAAGGAGGAUUUAGAAUGCAAGUAGGUUGUGUUAGACUGUGAUACACCAUAUAAUCACAUCAACUAGUUCAUUCAUAGAUUUCUGUUUUUCAAUUUAAUGAUUCAUCUUGGAAACAUAUUGAUGCUAAUUAAAUGCUUAAUUGUUCUUAAGUUAUUUAUAAUUGUGAUGUUAAAGAAAUAAGCAAUACUGCCUCACAAGAUGACUUCUACAUAAUCAUAUGUACAACAUACAUUUUUGAACAUUGUGGUGAAAUUUUAAACAAUAAUCCGUAGAUACAAGUACAUGCAAUAUCUGUUUUUUUUCCUGAUGUUAUUUUGUUGUCCCCAUUUUCAUGAGCAGCGUGCUUACCAAGAUUUUACUUUAUUUGGCUUUUUUGUAAGUAUGGAAUAACCUGUCUUCCCUUAAGCUGACCGUUAUUGGUAGAGGUUGUAAAAAAGCUAUAUAAAUUGCCUUGUUUUUAAAGGAGAGGAAUAUGACUGGGAAAGAAGUGAUUAGAACCAAAUUCAAUGGGAAAACUGCAGUAAUGUUAACACACUGUAUUUGCAUGUUUGGCAAAUGGCCAAUAACAGACAUCCGUGUCCUGUUUCACAAACAAUUUGGAAAGUCUUAAAAUGUACACAGUAAUUCAAAUCUGUGACGCCCACAGAAAAUUGUGCAACAAUAAUUUUGCAAUAAAUAAUCCACUGUUUACUCUAUAAUAUGAUUAAAGGGGUUUAUUAAA